GACGUCCCGCGGAGCGGCGGAGCGGCGCAGCAUCCAGCAUCCCUGACGUCGUGACAGGCAGCAGGAAGAGCCGCUGCUCCUGGAGCCGGAGCUGCUGGUGGAGCUGCUGCUGCUGCUGGUGGGACCUUCACUGGGAAGCUUGAUACAUUCUGUCACUAUUGUAGCUGAGUUGGUGUGUGACGGUCACCAUGGGGGAACUGUUCAGAAGUGAAGAGAUGACACUGGCCCAGCUCUUCCUCCAGUCUGAGGCGGCCUACUGCUGCGUCAGCGAGCUGGGAGAACUGGGCAUGGUCCAGUUCAGAGAUCUGAAUCCAGAUGUCAACGUAUUCCAGCGCAAGUUUGUGAAUGAAGUGAGAAGAUGUGAGGAGAUGGACAGGAAGCUAAGGUUUGUUGAGAAGGAGAUCAAGAAGGCGAGCAUCCCGAUGGUGGACACUGGAGAGAAUCCAGAAGUUCCUUUUCCCAGAGACAUGAUCGACCUGGAGGCCACGUUUGAGAAGCUGGAGAAUGAACUGAAGGAGAUCAACACCAACCAAGAAGCCCUGAAGAAGAACUUCCUGGAGCUGACGGAACUCAAACACAUCCUGCACAGAACCCAGCAAUUCUUUGAUGAGAUGGAAGAUCCCAACCUGCUGGAGGAGUCGUCAGCGCUGAUGGAGGGCAGUGAGGGGGGCCGCGGGGCCCCCCUCAGGCUGGGGUUUGUUGCUGGAGUGAUCAGCAGAGAGAGAAUUCCCACCUUCGAGCGGAUGCUGUGGAGAGUGUGUCGUGGUAAUGUCUUCCUACGGAAGGCGGAGAUUGAAGACCCUCUGGAGGACCCUACCACGGGGGACCAAGUUCACAAGUCGGUGUUCAUCAUCUUCUUCCAGGGUGAUCAACUCAAGAACAGGGUGAAGAAGAUCUGUGAAGGGUUCCGAGCGUCUCUCUACCCAUGCCCAGAGACGCCCCAGGAGAGGAAAGAGAUGCUGGCUGGAGUCAACAGCCGCAUCGAGGACCUCCAAAUGGUUCUGAACCAAACCGAAGACCACCGCCAGCGCGUGCUGCAGGCUGCCUCUAAGACCAUGAGGGUUUGGUUCAUCAAAGUGAGGAAGAUGAAGGCCAUCUAUCACACCCUGAACCUCUGCAACAUCGACGUCACUCAGAAAUGUCUGAUCGCUGAAGUGUGGUGUCCCGUCUCAGACCUGGACUCCAUCCAGUUUGCUCUGCGCAGAGGAACGGAGAGGAGCGGCUCGACGGUGCCUUCCAUCCUGAACAGGAUGCAGACCAAGCAGACCCCACCAACCUUCAACAAGACCAACAAGUUCACGUCGGGCUUCCAGAACAUCGUUGAUGCCUAUGGGAUCGGGAACUACCGGGAAAUAAAUCCAGCUCCAUACACCAUUAUCACCUUUCCCUUCCUGUUUGCUGUGAUGUUUGGUGAUAUGGGUCAUGGGGUGUUGAUGACCGCUGCUGCCCUGUACUUGGUCCUCAGAGAGAGUCGAAUCCUCGCACAGAAAAGCGACAACGAGAUGUUCAACAUGAUUUUUGCUGGUCGCUACAUCGUCCUUCUGAUGGGGAUCUUCUCAGUCUACACAGGCAUCAUCUACAACGACUGCUUCUCCAAGUCUCUGAACAUGUUUGGCUCUGGUUGGAGCGUCAGGCCCAUGUUCAGUCCUAAAGGAGCCAACUGGUCGUCUGAGACCCUUGAUGGGAAUGCAGUUCUCCAGUUAGAUCCAGCUGUUCCUGGGGUCUUCAACGGACCCUAUCCUCUUGGGAUUGACCCGAUCUGGAAUGUUGCUACCAACAAGCUGACUUUCCUGAACUCAUUCAAGAUGAAGAUGUCAGUGAUCCUCGGCGUCAUCCACAUGCUGUUUGGAGUCUCUCUGAGUCUCUUCAACCACCUGUACUUUAAGAAGCCUCUGAACAUCUUUCUGGGCUUCAUCCCAGAAAUAGUCUUCAUGUUCAGCCUGUUUGGUUACCUCAUCCUGCUCGUCUUCUACAAGUGGACCGCAUAUGAUGCCUUCACCUCUAAAGACGCCCCAAGCCUGCUCAUCCACUUCAUCAACAUGUGUCUGUUUAACUACAACGACCCAACCAACAAACCUCUCUACGCGGGCCAGAUGGGGAUCCAGGUCCUGCUGGUGCUCAUUGCCCUGGCCUGUGUUCCCUGUAUGCUGAUAGUAAAGACCAUGGUGCUUCGGCGUCAGCACCUGUGGAAACGGCAUCUGUCACAGAAGAGGGAAGAAACCCCUGCAGAGAAUCUAGAGCAGUCUUUAGAGCAAACAGGGGUGUCCUCAUCAUGCACCGGACUCACCCAACAGGGCACGCAGAAGUUCGGAGGGGUGCGGGUGGGCAACGGGCCCACGGAGGACGAGGCUGGCAUCAUGGACCACGACCAGCUCUCCCAGCACUCCGACGAAGGAGACGAGCACUCAGAAGAAGAACCGUUUAACUUUGGUGAUGUGGCCGUCCAUCAGGCCAUCCACACCAUAGAGUACUGUCUGGGUUGCAUCUCCAACACAGCCUCCUAUCUGCGCCUCUGGGCCCUCAGCCUCGCCCACGCACAGCUGUCUGAGGUGCUCUGGUCUAUGGUGAUGCACUUGGGUCUGUCCUCUCGCAGUGGAGGCGGCUUCUUUGGCCUGUCAAUCAUCUUCUCUGCUUUCGCCACUCUCACUGUUUGCAUCCUGCUCAUCAUGGAGGGACUGUCAGCUUUCCUGCAUGCCCUGCGCCUGCACUGGGUGGAAUUCCAGAACAAGUUCUACACAGGUCAGGGCUUCAAAUUCGUCCCCUUCUCAUUUGAGAGCAUCCUGGAGGGGCGCUUCGAUGACUGACCGGUCCAGGCCCGACCACAGUGCAGUCACAGUCCCCAUCCAGUCCACUCUGCUUUGACAAUGUGUUUGUGUGCACAAGACCUACUGCGGCUCUCUGUCUCCCUCUAGUGGCAUCUAGUGAAUCAGUGUUAUGCAUGAGAUGUAACGGUCCUGAAGACAUUUCCAGCGUGCUGCCUUCUCAUGGCAAUAAUGAGUUGUUGUUUCUGUCAUCCUUUGUCGUAAAAUGUCAGCCUUCCUUCAUUUUGCUUUUAUCUUUCAUGGCGAGUUAUGUUUGUGUUGAGAGAACGUCUGAAUCACUCGGUCUUAUUUUGUUUUCUCAGUUCAGAGAUAACAGAUAGGGCUCUAGAAAGGAGCCUGAGUAAUGUUUGAGUUUUAAAACCACUUCAGCAUCUCAGCUCAUUUUCAGUAUAAUGAAUGGAUGAGUAUUCACUGACUGUUUAUCACCGUCAGUGAUUAACACUCAGUCAAAUGUUCUCACUUAUAGUUCUGAGUUCAGGACUAUAAGUUAAGUUAAAAGUUAAAGACAAGUUAAAAGUUGAAACCAAAAAAAAUCUGAAAAUGGAUCAAUUAAAAUAAAGGUGAUCAGAGUUCCCACACAGUCUGGAAAAGUACGGAAUUUCUUUUCAGCAUGUUCCAGGCCUGGAUAUGUGUGGAAAAACAAAAUAAGUGUAUGGAAAAGUAUUUAUUUAUUUGCUGUCCCAUUGUCUAGAUAUUCUGGUUUGUUCUUAAUUUUCUCUCAUAUAUUCUGUCUUGUUCCUCGCUUCUGUCCUUUCUUUUCAUUCUCACUUGUGUCCUUUCUUCCUCUCUCCUUCCCUCUAUCUCUUCCUUAUCCUCUUACUUCCCCCUUUUUGUCCUUUCUCUCUCUUGUCCUUUUUCUUUCCUUCCUUGUGCCCCAUGUCCCUUCAUCUUUCCUGUGUUUCUUCUUUCAUUUGUCUCCUUUCUUCCUCUCUUGUGGCCCUCAUUCUUUCCUUCCCUAUGUCUUCUCUUCUUUUUGCCUUUCUUCCUUCAUGUUUGGUUCCUUCCUUCAGUCAUAGAAAAUCAUCUCCAAUUAUUUGACAACCCCCCCCCCCCCCCCCCCCCCCCCCCCCCAUUUUAUAUCUUUUGCAUCUCACAAUCAUCCUAUUACUGUAAUUUAUAUCAAGAUUGUGGAUUGUAUUCUAUUUUGGUGUAAAAAUAAAAGUUUAUCUUUAAAUGUGGGACUGAUUUGCUCCAUCUAGAAAACUGAACCAAGCUGUUCCUGGUGAUGUACUGUGGUUUCUGAUGUUCAUGUCUGACCUGUGUGAACUCUGUGGUUAAUUAAAGCUGGAGUGUCCAAACAACA